UGUGCUAGUUCCUUAGUAAACUCAACAUUGAGUUUAGGUUUGCGUUUUUUUGGAUCCCUAAUGAUUCCUGAUACAUUCCUAUUGGAAACUAAUUGGACUGAUUUUGGCUUGGGAGGCGGGGCAUGUUCGUCUUUGGAUUUGAAACAAUUGGAACACAAUUCCUUUUUCCAGGCGUUUUGGACAAAGUUUUGACAGAUUGCCGAUGACAUAUUGCUGAAACAAAUACUGCAAUGAAUAUGGAUGAACAUGGUGAAUAUGGAGAGUUUCCUCUUCCAGGCGAAGAUCGUCCAUAUGUGGAGCCUUUACAAGAUUCUCCUCACUUCAUUGUCACUUUUGAUGCUGUUGUGGAAGAGAAAAGUCUGAGUUAUGAAGAAGCUUGCAGAUGCUUGGGGCUUUUGGGUAAAGACGAAAGUGGAGUAAGGUACGCGUAUUUGUCGAUUAAAGCUGUCGAUCGGAAACUGACCGAAGUUUCCACGAUUUUGAAUUUCAAACACGUGCUGUUUUUGGAUUUGAGCGGUAACCUUUUGAAUUUGGAAGCGUUGCAAGUGUUGGCGCAGAUGCCGUUUUUGCUUUGGUUGACGGCUAAUAGGAAUAGGGUGGAAUCUGGAGCUUUGCAAGAGAUGCCGUAUCUUCAGGUUUUGUGUCUGAGCGCUAAUAAAAUCGAAGAAACUUGCGACAUAGCACAACCCAUGCUGGAAAAGCUGGAAUUGGAAUACAAUCAAAUUUUCACUGUCCAGUUUGCGGGCGAUAAGCUUCCCAAUUUGAAAACGCUGGACCUCAAAGGCAACCACUUGAUGGAUUUAAGCGGUACUUAUCCAAAAAGCCUAGAACAUCUGUAUUUGGCAAAAAACAAAAUCACCAAGCUUCAAGAUCUCGCUCUAACUCCGAACUUUUCAAACCUCACCGUCCUUUUUCUGCGCGACAACAAAAUCCGCAAACUAAACGGUUUUACAAAAUACCUGACUAAACUCACUUAUUUAAAUUUGCGCGGCAAUUCAAUUACAAAAAUGAGGCAAUUCAGAAAGCUGGAUUGUUUACCGAAUUUAGAAACGUUAAUUUAUACAGAAAAUCCUGUGGAUAAAAAAAAAGGCGAAGAAAGAAGAGGAGAGGAUGACGAUGAAGAUUUGGAGGAGGAAUUUGGUGAAGAUGGUCCUAUUAAGAAGCAAGAUCCUUGGGAUCCUGUAAGGAUUGGUGUUUUGGUUUUGUUGCCAAAAUUAAAGAGGAUCAACAAGAUACCAGUGUCUUUAGAAGAGCGCGAUGAAGCUGUAUUUAUAAAAGACAUAAAAAUAACGCAAAUAAUGCUCGAAGAUAGUAGCGAUGAAGAGACGGAGCCACCAACAACUACUACUUAUUCCAGUGAAGCUGAUGUUACUGAAACUGAGUUGGGACAAUCGAGUGUUUUUGAUCCGAGGAAAGAUGAAACUACCGAUGAAGAGGAUGAAGAGGAAAUUUGAAAAUAUGUAUUUCAAAUUAAAUUUUUUGUUAGGUGUUUCAUUUACGUCAAAUAUUUUCUUGUUUCUUAUUAUUUUAGAUAUACAAAUUAAUUUUUUUUUUUUGGUUUGUUUAAAGUGAUCUUUGUGUUUUUUAGCUUAGAUCGUUUUACUAUAUCCAAUUUUCUGCUCCAUCGACGUCUGAGCCAUAUUGAAUAUUCCAAUUAGUGAUCGAUCAGUAAACACGUUAUUUUAUAACAAUAUAAACA